ACAACGAGGAACAGCUGAGACACAUUAGGGGAGGGAACAGUAAUCAACACAGGAGGGAAACACAGGGAGACACCCACACCCUGACAAAUAGCCAUUACUAAUAAUACCAAUACUCUUUGGCUGGGAUGAUGAGGCAUCAGACAAUCAAGUAAUUUUAGCCUGAAUACAUAGGUAAGAAGCACCAGAGCAGGUUGCUAGUACCAUGGACAGUAUCAGAACGAUAACCUGUUGAACUAAAUCGGAUUUGGUAAGCUACACCACGGGAUGCAUCUGCAGACCACUGCCACAUAAAUAAAGGUAAGACGCGAUAUUUAUUGCUUAAGAUUUGCUGGUGCUGUGGCGAGGUCUUUUGUGUUUUUUUCACUCAAGUGGUCGGCUGUUUUAGGCCCCGUUUACACAAAGGGAAAACGCAGAUAUUUUCACGCGGUUUGGCCUCUCAUUUACACGAAAACGCUGUUUUUGUCACAGAAAACGAUAAUUUCUAAAAACUCAGGCCAAAGUGGAGAUUUCUGAAAACGCCGGUUAUGUGUUGUCGUGUCAACGGGGAGAAACGGGGUAUUAUGUUCUGAAACGUCACAUUAUGCGCCAGGAAAUGCUUAACGUCAUAUGAGCGCCCUAUGUUUACAGUUUGUUUGUUACAGGAAUGAGGAACGUUUCAGAAGCGUCCCAGGAGCGGCGUGCACCGCCGCGGCGCUAUCUUUCCGUCCAAUUCUAUUUUUGCCGCGAGCCGCUGCUAAACCGCGUCAAUUUCGACAGAGCAGGUCGAGCCGGGCAGGAAGUGAAAAGUAAAAGCCAUAGAGCAUCCGGUCAAUUUUCAAAAUAAAACACAAUACUCAGCUCAUGUAACUUCACAUCAACAUUAUUACGUCAUGAAAGGUGGCACCAGGUCAGCAGUCAAUCAAUCAAAGGGUCUCAGAGGGUCGGCAACAUGGACGACGAGAGACUCAUUGUCGAGGAGUCUCUCGUCGGGAAAAAACGAAAUAGCAUAAAGCUUUUAAACUUGAACUAUAUGACCCCUUUAAUCAUAUGCAUAGGCAUAUUACUCACAAUGGUUGUCAGAAUGGGUCUUAGGUUCUUCGAAAUUUAGUUUUCAAACGGAAUCCAAUUUAAAGUGACUUUUCUGUGUGGGGAAUAGCUCAUAAACAAGUGUAAAGAGACGAGGCUUCAGUCUGCGGUCCAGUGGCAUUAUGAAUAUGUCACAGGGGAAAGGGCGCCACCGUGUGGCCGAAACCUAGGUGGAACUCCUUGAAACCUUUGGUCGGCCGCUGCCAGCAAUCUUGAACAACGAAUCAGAACACGUGCUAACAGUCACGUCAGAUGACGUCAGAAGCAUGAGUGAAUUGAAAUGUCGAAAGUCAUGAGUUUCCGUAGGUUUAUAUUAUUAAUUCACGUAUAAUGACAUGAUCGUUAUAUGAGGUCGAAUUAAUAAUUGCUGAUUUGUACCAUCAUGGUGCCAUAAAUAGCUACUAGUGGCUAGCGGGGUUCGAGCAUAAGACAAGAUGGUUCACAGCAGCGGGGUUCAAACAUAAGACAACAUGGUAGACAGAUGCGGGCUUCAAACAUAAGACAACAUGGUGGACAGCGGCGGGGUUCAAAAAUACGACAACAUGGUGGACAUCGGCGGUGUUCAAACAUAAGACAACAUGGUGGACAGCGGCGGGGUCUCGAGGCUCGGACACAUGAAGGCGCUGCUCGGGGUCCUCGCAGGAGCCGGAGCUUCGUACGGGAUUUAUAAACUUGUCACUGGGGAAGUUUUCCAGAGGAAGCAGAAAGGUGGAGGAAGUGGACGUCCCCCUGGGUGCAGCGUCCAGGGCCAGGUCCAGGAGACCGUGCAGCCCGGGAGCCUGUUGGCCAAACUAUCAGGACUAGAUGUGGUCCGGACCAAAGGCGCAGUGGUCCGGGAUGUACAAGUGAUCGACUCGAAAUCUCCUGGAAACCUGAAACCGGAAAACAUCAAAAUGCUGCUUUGGUGCCUUCAAACAAGCAGCGAGCAGACCGACAGGUGUCGGGUCUUAGUGACUUUAGGAAACGCUGCUGCGUUCAGCGCCCACCAGGACGCUGUGAGAGAGCUGGGUGGUCUCACCCUCAUAGCGCGCUACCUCUCGGACCCUGCAGCGGACGUCAGGGUACAGACUCUGAAUGCCUUGAAUAAUUUGAGCAUGAACCUCAAAAACCAAGACGUUUUGAAGGUCUACAUCCCCCAGGUCCUGGAGCUGAUAGAGACUUCUCCGGUGAACUCGAACCUUCAGCUGGCCGCCCUGAGGCUGCUCACCAACCUCUCUGCUGCGGACGUCUGCCACCAUCUGCUGAGGGACUCCAUCAGACUGCUGCUCUCCCUGCUGGUAGUGAGCAGCCAGGUCCUGCAGAUUCAAACUUUGAAGGUCCUGGUGAAUUUGUCGUCAAAUCCCGAUAUGAUGGACGACAUAGUACAGGCCACGGUGCCCGCGUCUGUUGUGCUGCUGUUUGACCUGCAGACGGCCCCUGCGGUGCUCCAGCGCCUUCUGGCCUUCGCAGGGAACCUGAAGGCGUGGACGCCGUCCUCCCCAGUGGCGGCCGAGCUGCGCAGCCGGCAGGACUGCCUGUACCGGGUGCUGCUGGACCCGUCCUCCACGCUGCACAGCAGGCUGGUCCAACUGCUCUCCCACCCCGACCAGGAUGUCCGCGCACAUGUGGCUCAUGUGCUCCUGUGAGGCCCGGUGUGAAGACUCGCUGGUGACAGUCUGCCUCAAGGGGACCAACACCGCCGUCUGAAGGCCAGGGGCCACCGUGGAACCCCUUUUGGCUUUAGUCCUGGUGUGGCUGUAACUCGUCUCCAUCCGACACAGAAGUUGGCAGAACCACGGAAAACGGGGCGGCCAUUUUGAAGAACUCAUCCAUUUAAAAGUUCCCUGUUCUGCUCAUAUUGAGAACCGGUGAAAGAGACCUCUUGAUCUGCACACAUCAAGUCCUCUUUUCUAAGUGCUUCCUGUCUGCAACAUGUUGUUAAACAGCAGGUUUCUUUUUUAUUAUUUAAUAAGAAUAUCCAAAGCCACUGCCAAAUCGGUGACUCCGAUUGUUGUCUGGAGUUCUCCCAAAACAUGAAUAAUGUGAGCGGUAAAGCCGAGGUCCUGCUGCAACACCUGCUACAGCUGUUGGAAUACAAUGACUUUGGCUAUCUAUAAUAUUAAAAGAAAAAACAAAGCCCAUUCCUAAUGAAUUAGUGUAUUGGCUAAAUAACAACCAGAGAGACAGAGCCCGACAAAGGGCCAGGGAGCUAAACUGAUCCGUCUAUUAUUUACUAACAUAUGGCCUUGAUAUUACUGAAAGUUAUGUCUUGGGUAUUUACCAAAAUGGAUGCAGCUUGGGUCUGCAAUUGUCUAAUGCAAUGUAAUCAUUUAUUACUGCUAUAAUAAGCCUUUCAACCUUGUUUUUACAAACAAGUUCUAGAUUCGUCGUAGGGUUUACCAGACGCACUGAGAAAUAUGUGUAAUUCUAUAAGAGCCCAGUAUGUAUGUACAGUAUGUACUGUAUGUAUGUAUGUGGCUAAAGCUAUCAACCAGUGAGCUAUUUAGUGUGACACUUUUUAUGAUGGCCAACUCUUAACAGAAAUUCCUGUUUUGUCUGCUUGAAUGUCUCAAUACAUUACUGAUGUAAAAUGUUUGGAGUUUGACCCGAAUUAUUAUCAGUCUUCAUUUGACGUGCAUUAACUGACGAUUUAUGGGACAUUUAAACAAGACGACACAAUUCAAGGAGAAUUAAUGAUGUGGAACCUAGCGGUGAGUUUACAGAUUGAAACCAAUUAAACUAAACACAGUCAAAUCCUAUGUUUUUGAUUGCCUCUGCCAACCAGUGUGUGAAGGCAGGCGGUGUAGAUGUGUUGAGCUCUGUAUAGGCAGCGUUUACUGAUGUCCGCGUCCAAGACAGGGUAAGCGUUUCGGGCACAUUGAAUAACCCCACGGUGUGUGGCGCAUUUCAUAGAACCUAUAACAUACAUUUCAUACAACAGAUGAUGUUCGCACACAACGGCAGUAGCCUACUAACAAAGCAUCAAAACGUUGUGGGUCGUAAACCAUGGGAAUAAUAUGCCCCGCCCUCCUUCCCACCUUUUGGCCCAAAACUUUUUUUCAGUGUUUGAAUUGGACCUGAAACCGGCUUCAUUUACACUUUAAUUGAAAGUUGAUUUGAAUAUAAAACAACGAAUCGAGCCGUUAGUCUGUUGUGGGCCACAGACGAAACAUGGUCGAACAUGGUGGUUCUGUGGGAGGGGACCGGGGGCCUCUUAUUUACAAUUUCUGAUUCGCUUUGGUACAUUUCUUAGAUCAGAAUUUAAAUUUGCAAAACAGUAAAUGCAUUUCUCAAAACAAUUCGUACAAAUAGCAAAACACCAUGGAUUUCAUGCAAAAGCCAGUCUCUUGCUCAAAAUCCUUAGUUUGUUUCUCAAAAGUAGAUAUGAGUCAAUGAACAUGUCAGUGCCAACAGAAUGACAUUCUGAGUCAUUGUGUGCGGAUAUGACAGUCAAAUUGCUUAGUCGUGUUAUCAAUAUAACAGCGUACUCUGGAGGGAUGUUCUGAUGUAAACUGGCUAAAGUUUUGAAGACGAUUAUUGUAAAUUACACCUUAGUGUAUGUGGGAGAUUGAUUGCAAGAUACUGGAAUCUUUUAGAGUGUCUAAUCCAGCCUCUGCAGGCAUUUGCUGUGAUGUCAUCACACGUUGCUUCUAUGGCAGCCAGAAGGGUCAUCUGUAUGUGGCUAUGUAUCACAUACUUUCCAUCUUCUCCAUGUUGAGAAAAAUUCCUCAAUAGGGUUAAGGAAUGGGGAGUAGGGUGUGAGGAACUCCAUCAGCAUCCUGUUGUGGGUCAAACCAUUGCCUGAUGAUGUUGGAGCAAUGGAAACUGACAUUGUCCCAAACUAUCACGUAUGGCAAGUCAUCUCCAAUCUGAUCCCUCUCUGGUUCAGGGAUGAGAUCCCUGUAGAGAGUGUCUAAAAAGGUGAAUAAAGUCGCUCUGUAUUGUAUGGCCCAAUAAUGGGAAUAAGCGUUAGCACACCAUUCUCAGAGAUAGCAGCACCUAUAGUUAUCUUCCCGCCCAUUGGCCUGGCACAUCAACUGUAGCCCUGUGGCCAAAGAUAUUUCGACCACGCCUUCUGUGUUUCGUUAGGUUGAAUCCAGCCUCAUCUACGUAGAUGAAGUUGUGCGUUGGUUCACUUGCUUCCAGUUCCAUUCUAUGCUAUAUCCAGAAGACACAAAAUGAGUUUUAUGAAUUACAUGCAUUUUCAUUUUGGACAAGAUACAGUUAGAUCAGAUGUAUACAGCACAUAUUGCAUCUUC